UAAAGCAAAACAAAUCCUUCGCCACCCCCUCUUUUCUCUCAACAAGUUCUCUGAUCUGUUCUCCCCCACAACCUCCAUAGCCCUAACCCUAACGUCGCCCAACUCCACCCCCGUUGCUGGAUUCAGACCACCCACAACAGUCAUCCACCUUCCCCACUACCGGCGGUCGUCUUCAACCACCGCCGCAUCGUCUUCAACCACCGCCUUCUCCGCUGCUCAUCAUCGUCGACCACAACCACGCCCCUCAAUCCCAAUCGUAGCCGGAACCCUAACACCAGCCGCUGCCCACCCCCAUCCUCUUCACACAUCACCGGCAACCCACCACAGUCGAACGACCGCCGGCCCUCCACGCAUCACCGCUACCAGGUAUGUUCUUAUUUCUCUUGUUUUCUGUAGUGUCUCGUGUUACUACACACCCGAACCAACCCACAUCCUCAGCGAUCCAGUUAAGCCCGCUACCGAUUUGAGUCGUACCCCUGUUACCGGACCCGAACAGUUCUAAUUCAAUAACUUUUGUCUUCAUUGGUCAUGAAUAAAUUAUAAUUUCAUCAUGAAAUUGAAAUUGGUUUGAUAUCACUGAUCAUACAAAUUGCAUUAAUUGGAAUGGGUUGAUGUGGUCAUAAAUUGCUUUUGUUCUAAUUGAUGGUAUAUAUCUUGAGUUUAUUGAAUCAGGGCUGUGCAUAUCACGACCACUUUGAGGUACGUUCACAAUGGAUGAUAUGUUCUUGAAUCCAUUCAGCGACAUGUACGCAUUCACAGGAAGUUCAGGAAACAACGAUUCGACAUCAAACAAUACGAACGAAAAUCAACCAAAAGAGAAAAAGAAAGAAGCUUGGGAGUCCGAAAGUGAAUUUGGAACAUUUAACAGACCUCCUAAGUUGAUGGCUAUAGAAGAUUACAGCAGGUGGGCAACAAAGUUUGAAGAUUGGUUGAUGGCAUUCGCCUUUCCCAGUUGGAAGAGUAUGAAAACUGGUUAUGCUGAUGGAAAGAAAAAUGGCGAAUCACUGAGAUCAGUUGAAGAAAUUGAUAAUUUUGUGGCUGAACAAAAGUGUGUAGCAUUGCUAUUCCAAUCUGUCCGAGAAGACAUCAUUUCUUUGAUCGAUUACUCAAAUGCAAAAGAUUUGUGGAAUAAACUUAAAGCAAAAUGUAUAGGAAGCGAGGAAAUUGUGAAAAACAAACGAAAGCUUCUUAGAAAAGAAUUUGAUCUUUUUGGAUGUCUAAAAAAUGAAUCGGUUUGUAAAAUGAUAGAAAGGUUCGGUCAUUUGAAGCUGGAAUUAGUAAGACAUAAAAUCAAUUUUUCGUAUGAAGAACUAGUUGACAAAUUGUUCGAUUCAUUACCAGAUGAGGUUGAUUGGAGAUAUUAUGCGCUUAUGUUGAAGAACACUAUUGCUCCUAAAGAUUUGACUCCAGAUUUGGUGAUUGAGAAACUUGAAAGUCAUGAGCUAGAGUUGAAGAAAGCAUACAAAGUUAAUCACUCAUCCUAUCAGCAGAAUCUGGAUCUGUAUUAUCUAAAAAGCUUGAUGUCGAAAGCUACUUCUCCGAAGACGGCAUUUUCUGCUGAGAAUGUUUCUUCAACAAACAAAGAAAGUCAAAGCAGUUCAAGCAGCGGAAGCCACAGUGGUUAUCACAGUGGAUCUACGUCUUCUGCAAAUCGUUCUGAUGCGAAGUUUUCUUGCAACAUUGCAAUCGAUUUGAAGAAUGCACAGAACUUUGACGAAGAAUCGGCCAAGAAACAUAUGGUUUUUCUAGCGUCUGUUUUGGAGUCCUAUGAAGGUCUGGUAGCCAGAAAGAUCGGAAAUACAAAUCUGACCAAAGAAGACUACGAUCAGAUAGAUCCCGAGGAAAUGGAGCUUAUUGACAUUCGUUGGGCAAUGGCAAGUGCUGUUCGACGUGCGCAACGUUUUAUGGAAAUUACCGGGAGGAAAUCAAUUGGUGGUCCGUCGACAAAGCUUGGGUUCGAUAAGUCAAAAGUGACGUGUUUUAAAUGCAAAUAAAAGGGCUAUUUCAAGCGAGAAUGUCGGAAUGCAUAUGUUGAUGAAUCUGAAAAUCCAUUUCGUGACGAUUAUUACAAGAAGGCAAUCUACCAUCAGAAUAAAUCGGAGCCGCCCAGACUAAAGCAGGCUGAAGAGCAAAGAGAAAAGUCAAGGGCUUUAGCUGUGAUCUAUGAUGAUGAGGGUUACGAUUGGAGCAAAGAGGUUUUGCCGGAAGAUGAUGCCGUUGGUUAUGCUUUCAUGGCAAGUCAUGAUGAACCGAUUCCUUGGAAGGAUAAUCGUACAUAGGAACAGAAGUACAAAUAUAGGAAGAUGACUGCUGAAACAAAGAUUAUCAGACUUUCUGGUGUAUACUUGGAAGCAAGAAGAGCAAAUCGUUGGGAUCCAGACAGAGAGUGCUAUCUUGAUCGGUAUGGCAAUGUGGCGAUUGAUGACAAAACACUAGAUAUUGAAGCCAUCAUUCAGGAGUACAAAGAAGAGGAUGAAUACUGGCAGCAUAAGUGGUGGGGAACACCAACUUCGAAGAUGAUUGAGGAGGAGAAAGAAAAAGAGAGAAAGGAAAAAGAAGAGAGAGAGAAGAAAGAAAACGCAGAGACUGAGAGAUCAAAGAUGGUUGAUACGGAGUUGAUCGAUGUGACUCGGAAGUUGACAACUGAGAAUUCAGAGAAAAUGGCUGACCAAGUGCUAGCUGCGAAAGCACUUGAGGUAGAUUCUAUUUCUGUUUCUGAGUCAAAAGAGAAGGUCAGUCA